AUGAUGCCAGUUGAUGAAAAAACUACCGGUGGCUCAUCUACUACUGGGUUUAGCACUACCAGUGGUGAUACUGAAUUAAUUGCAAGAGAUUUGGAGCCAGCUACUUCUCCAAGCAGCAAAAGUAGUACUAAUGAGGAGAAAGAAGACAAAGAUAAGGGGAAUGAAGCCCACCCUCAUAAACAACCGUUCUACAGAAUUUUAAUCUACAAUAUUAUUCUGGGAAUGUUAUUGAAUAUCUUUGACUGUUUCUUCAGAGAGAUUAGAACCCGUGGUGGCUAUAAAGUUCCCAGACAAGGUCCGGUUAUCUUUGUUGCAGCACCUCACGCCAAUCAAUUCGUUGAUCCUGUUAUCUUGAUGGGUCAAGUUAAAAAAGUUGUCAAUAGAAGAAUUUCAUUUUUAGUUGCUGAAAAAUCUUUGAAAAGAAGGGCAAUUGGUUUCUUCUCACGUUGUGUUAUGUCCAUUGGUGUCGUUAGAGCUCAAGAUAAUUUGAAACCCGCCAAGGGUAAGAUUACCAUUGACCCUGAAAAUCCAAGAAAGUUAAUUGGUCAUGGUACCUCUUUCUUAACUGACUUUAAGCCAAAAGGAUUAAUUGGAUUGCCUAAAUCAUUAGGUAAUGUGGAAAUCGAUUCAAUUGAAAGUGAAACUGAAUUAACCCUUCGUAAGGAAUUUAAAAUGAAUAAACCUGAAGUCAAAAGUAUUUUGACCAAGGGUACUUCUUUUAAAUAUGCCGACAAAGUGAAUCAAUCACUUGUGUAUCAUAAAGUUUUUGAACAUUUGGCUAGUAACCAAUGCAUUGGUAUUUUCCCUGAAGGUGGUUCUCACGACAGAACAGAUCUUUUACCAUUAAAAGCCGGUGUUGCUAUUAUGGCACUUGGUUGUAUGGACAAACACCCUGAAUCGAAUGUGAAGAUUGUUCCCUGUGGUAUGAAUUAUUUCCAUCCUCACAAAUUCAGAUCAAGGGCCGUUGUUGAAUUCGGGAAUCCUAUUUCAAUCCCACAUGAACUGGUUGAAAAAUACAGAAGCCCUGAAACUAACCGCGAAGCCGUUAAAGAAAUGUUAGACACAAUUUCUGAAGGGUUGAAAGCUGUUACCGUUACCUGUUCUGAUUAUGAAACUUUGAUAGUCGUGCAAGCAAUGAGAAGAUUGUAUGCCGGUCACUUAUCUUCCCGUUUACCAUUGUCGAUGGUCGUGGAAAUGAAUAGAAGACUCGUCAAAGGAUAUCAAACCUAUAGAGAGGAUCCUCGUAUUAUCAGUUUGAAGAAAGAAAUCAUGACUUACAAUGCUCAUCUCAGUCACUACAACAUUCCAGACCACUUGGUGAUGCGUGAUAGAAUGAGUUUUGCUAAGAAUCUAUGGUUGCUAUGCUUCAGAUCUCUACGUCUACUGGUUAUGUUGGCUUUUGCAUUGCCAGGUAUUAUUAUGUUUUUGCCUAUUUUCAUUGUUGCCAAGAGAAUCUCUAAGCAAAAGGCCAGGGAGGCUCUUGCUGCAUCAACUGUUAAGAUUAAGGCCAAUGAUGUCAUUGCUACUUGGAAAAUUUUAAUUGGUAUGGGGUUGGCACCAUUACUAUACACGUUGUGGUCCAUUAUGAUCUCUUAUUUGUUAAGACACAGAUUCCCCGGUAACAAAAUACUCACCUUCGUAAUUUCCUACUUCGCUUGUUCUGCUGUCACUUACUCCGCAUUACUUGUUGGUGACAUCGGUAUGGAUAUCUUUAAGUCACUAAGGCCGCUAUACUUGUCAAUCACAACCCCGCAAGGUCUUAGAGACUUACAAAAGGAACGCCACGCCCUUGCUGAAAAGAUUACUGAAUUGAUUAAUACUAUAGGGCCCGAACUCUUCCCAGAUUUUGAUGCAGAUACUCUACGUCAUAAAUACGAAUUGGAUGAUGAAGAAGAAGAUAGAAGGACAGCAGAGUUGAAGAGGAGAAGAUUACUCAAGAAGCAGAAGAUUAAGCAUGAGGUGAAAAGAGCCGAAAGAGCUAAAACGGCUGAAAGGGAAGAAAAUGAAAACGAUGGUCACAGCACCGAUUCAGAUGCAGUAUCCCUUGUCAAUAGUGAAAAUUCACUAUCCAACAUCCCUAUUUUUUCAAAUCCUGCAAAUUUAAUAUCUGAAGGGUCCACUUCAUCCGCAGAUAUGUCGUCAGGUUCCGAAUUCGCUGUUGAAGAAAAAAUUGGUGCCAAGGACGGAGUUAGUAGCAAGAUUGUACAAGCGAUAUGGGAGAAAAGAAGUGUGGAGGAUCACGAAGGUAAUAAUCAUGAUGAUGCUGAUGACAGCGAAUAA